UGAUAAACGCAGUCCUCGAUAAUACGUCGAAACUGUCGCGCGUGUUUUAGCAAAUAGACUAUUUGUAUUAUUUACGCUAAAUUACAAGUUAUUAAUUUAACUAAAAUAAUAAGAAAUAGUUAAAUUAUUAUUUUAGUUAAAUUAUAUUCUAAAGUGAUAGCGACGAACUUUUUAUUAUGAUUCAUACUUCCGUGUUUUGGUGACUAAAUUUUUCUACAGAAAUCCCCAAAUAAACUUUAAUAAAACAUGGUUUUGUGGUGAAAAGUAAUACGUGAAUUAAGGAUUAGUUAACAAAUCACAAUGCCUUUAAAAGAUAAUAAGGUAUACCAGACGGUCCGGACCUUCCUGGACAUCUUCGUGCAGCGGCUGAAGGUGUUCGACCUGUUCCUGCAGGGCGCCUUCCUCAUCGUCAUCAUCCUGCAGAGCAACGUGUACCUGCUGCUCAAGCGAGACGCCAGGGAGGGGUACCAUUCGGGACUUAUCGGAGACUACGUGAUGAUCGGCUCCGGCAGCAUGGAGUUCCUCGUGGGCGCUGCAGUAGCCUGGUGGGGCAGAGGCCGGAGACAGCUGGCUCUGUCCUUCUGGCUAGCAGUCACGUCGGUAGCAGGACUCCUCGUCCUCGCUUUCCCUUAUAUUAAGGCUAGCCCUGCUGAAGUUGAGUUAUGUGGAGGCCAUCCAAUAGGCAGAAUAUUAGCGACCCCCACGGUAGAUAACAACGUGACACUAAGGACGACUUUCCUGAUCAUCACUGCACUGCUGAGUUCUAUCACCAAGCUCAGCGUGUGGGCGCAUGGACUCACGUACCUGGAUGACCAUGAUCCUGCUAAUGGACCGUACUUUUAUGGUAUCCUAAUCUCCAUUCGCCUAUCCCUGGGUCUGAGUGCAACCAGCUGGCUAGCCGCUUCCUCAGUGCGCGACGACUGGUGGCAAGCGCACCUGUCUAUCUGCAUGCUGACUCUCAUGUUCGCUGUACUGUUCAGUUUGUUCCCCACCAAGAUGGAGUCGUUUAAGGAGAUCGAUGAGGCUAGGAAUGGGGGUGCUGAUACCAGUUUCCUCCCGACUCUGGGUCGUCUGGUGCGCAACAAGGCGUUGGUGACGCAGACAGUAUCCGUGGCGUGUCUCACCACCGCCGUGUUUGUGUACGUGCAGUACGACGAGGCUUAUAUUCAGGCAAGGUACCAUGUGGAAGCAAUCAGGCAGGACCCCCGGACUUCAAGAGUUCUCCCUGAAAUAUUCCGGUCACUGGUCAUCAUAUUCUUCGUAAUGAUAUUCCGCGUCCGCUUCUCAGCGCGUCGUCCGGACGGCGUGAAGUCCAACACAGCGUCUCGAGUGGCGGGGGUCGUGGCAGUCUUCGUGGCCAUAUUCUUCGCGGCCCUGGCGGCUACUGGAUGUAACACUGGUGACAUGGAUGGGCUGGAGGGGAGUUAUCAGCAGCCUGCUUGUAGUAGGAGCUGUUGGUGCAACUCAGAGCGCUACGGGUUCAGCCCGGUGUGCUCGCUGGACACGGGAGUCACGUCGUUCUCGCCGUGUCACGCCGGCUGCACUGACUAUGAGGACCUUAACGGCUUUUUGUUAUACAAGAACUGCUCGUGUAGCACAGACACGCUGCGAGCAGUGCGCGGCGCGUGUCAGCUCAACUCGUGCCGCCUCGCCUACUCCAUCUACCAGGUCGUGUUCGUGCUCAUGCUGGCUGUGGCUGGUGCAUGCUUCCUGAUGCAAGGCAUGGCGGUAAUCCGCUCAGUGCGGCCGGCAGACAAGGCGACGGCUGUGGGCACCAGUCUGGCAACUGUGGCGCUGCUGUCCUUUGUGAUAGGACAGCUUAUUUACAUGCUUAUUAGUCAUCUAACAUGCGCCUACUCAUCACACGGCGCGUGUCUCCUGCACACGCCGACGCUAUGGGUCGCGUGCGCCACCAGCGCCGGCCUGGCUGUCAUGGCUGCCAUCGCCAGUCUCAUAGCCAGCCGAAUGCCCACAGAUGUCGUUGAGCCUACCACAAUUUUAUGAUGA